CUCGUUUAGAUUGAUCGUCCAUAGCCUCGAAUCGUCAGGACUGAAGAAUUGCAGUGAAUCCAAUGGCUUCUUCUUCUCUAAUGGCGUCUCGAACCUCGAUUCUCCAAACCAUUCUUCCUCCGUUCCAUUAUCCUCGUCGGGAUCUCUCCUCCGUCUCUCUUCCUGCGGCGCGAACUCACGAUCUCCUCCGUUGCCGGAUCCCAGCUCUCGCCGCCAGAGCUUCCGAAUCGCCGCGGCCGCUUAGGGUUUCCAAUUCCGCGCCUAUUCUCUGCGAAGAUCCGCCCGCCGAGUCGCCACUCACCGGAUCAACCCGCGCAAUCGCAACAGUUCUCGCGGUCGCGGUCGCAGUGUCGAAAGCCAUCGCCUACAGAUUUGGAUUGCAUCUGAGAAGCUUCCAGCCGUGGGGGGCUCCGGCUUGCUCCGCGGCGCACCUGUUCUUCGCCGCCGCGAAGAGCUCCGUGGACACCUCUUCCCUGAACACGCCGCUAACGGUGAUCGCUGCAGGGAUGGCGAAGUGGCUGGAUAUUUACAGUGGGGUUUUGAUGGUUAGGGUUUUGCUCAGCUGGUUCCCAAAUAUACCUUGGGAAAGACAACCCCUAUCCGCCAUUAGGGACCUUUGCGAUCCGUAUUUGAAUCUCUUCAGGAAUAUCAUUCCCCCCAUCUUCGAUACUCUGGAUGUCAGUCCUCUUCUCGCUUUCGCAGUGUUGGGCACACUUGGUGGCAUCCUAACCAGUGCCAAAUGAUUCUGAAGCAAAUUGAUGAAGAAAGAUUGAACCUUGUUCAAAUCCAAAGACUGUAAAAGGUGUUGUAGUGAUCCUAAACUUUGAUGCUAUUGAAUUCUGCAGUUUUUGUUUUCUUUUUCUGCACAUUGUUAUCCAUUAUUUCUUAGCAAGUUAGCAUCAUGGAGUUUCUCUUUUCUGCUCUUUUGGUUGGUGAUUGUUAUGAAAACAUGGGAUAUAUAAUAUAUGAUGGAAAUAUGU